UUGAGAGGCCAUCUCAGGGUAGCUCUCAGUGCGGCUACAACAUGAAACGCUUGACGUACCUGCUGUUUCUGUGCCUUUUCUCUCCAUCUGUGGUUGAUUGCUCUGCCGAUGAAAAUGGCUACUUCAUGCUUGCUGACUUCUGGUGCGCUGUGUACUCCGAGGAAAGGGAGCAAGUGGAGUAUAUCAUCGACUGGUAUUUCAACAAGGAGUUCACGAUGCAGUACAACAGCACCGUGGGGAACUGGACGGGCUUCACCCCGGGGGGACUGAUCACGGCGUCACUGUCAAACGGAGACAGGCAUGACGUUCUGCAGAGAAUACUGGAGAGACAGCUGAUAUGCGUCAACAACGUGGACGUGAUGUUUAACGCGACUGAAGAAAACAUGGCUGAACCCAGCAUCAGCCUGCAGGAGGCCGACCCCGGCUCCGGUAACGACACCAUGCUCGUGUGCAGCGCCUACGACUUCUACCCCAAACGCAUCAAGAUGACGUGGCACCGGAAUGGACAGGAGGUCACUGAAGGCGUGACCUUCAGUGACGUGGCGACAAACGGAGACUGGACCUAUCACGUUCACUCUUACCUCGAGUUCACGCCUGAACGUCAAGACAGAGUCAGCUGUGUGGUGGAGCACGCCACCCUCUGGAAGCCCAAGUUUUAUGAAUGGGAAUUUCCCUUGAAUUCGUCUGACAAGAGCUACCUAACGGGUGGAGUUGGUGCCUUGCUUCUGGGAGGAGUAUUUUUGACUCUGGGACUGAUUCAGUACAGAAGGAAGAGCUGCCAUUUUUCAAGUACUCUAUAAUCUAAAAAAGCUCUUUAAAGCUGGACAUUUUCACUCUUAUUUCUAAUUCUGAUCAGUUCUGUGACUGAUUUAAACAAUAAAACAUGGAAUUUCCGCUGUGAUCAAGUUGGAGUUUA